AUGUACGAAGGGAUUGACAACCUGAAAUCCCUUUACGACCGUGCCGGGAAGACUUUCUCCGGCGGUCCUUCUGGGGCACAGGAUGUGCCGCGUCGUACUGCUCAACCAGACCCAGUACGUCGAUUAUCAGUUGGGAGCGGGGCUCCCAAGAAUCCCAGGACGGGGGAUAGCCGCGCCACCGGACGAGAUAAAUCGUCCGACGUCCGUUCACGUCGCGGUGGUUCAACAGCUGCUCAACUAGAUAGCGCUGGCCACCGCGAGAGUCCUCUAAUGGAGGUGGAGGAGGAGGAAAGACGCUCUCCACACGAUCAUGUGGAUCCGUGUGUUCCCGAGAGCUUCUUUGAUCGCGUAACGCAAGGGUUACGCGGCGAUCUCGAACAUGAGCGGAAUAGGCGUCUCCAAAUGGCGGACACUGCCUUGAAGCAUAGAGCUGAGUUUGCCUUUGCUCAGCUUGAGAACGAGAGAGCUCUGACGUCUCUGCGUGACGAGCUAAGGCUAGCUCGUGGGAUUGUUGAUCGGUCUCGGGAUGAGAUAGCUGCUCUUCAGACCCUUGUCGAUGCCCACCAUCGGGAGCACAAGGCUCUCUGCGAGAUGCUUGAGCGCAAGGGCGUUCUUCAUCGGAAGAAGCAGCGUUCUGAUGGUACGGCUUAA